AUGGAUUUCGACCCUAUGAUGUUCGAGCGAGCCGGUAUUUCGGUUGGCGACACCGCCGAUCGACCGGCUUCCCACAGGAUUAUCGGUAUUAGUCUUGCAAUUGGUUCCGGGUUCUUUAUCGGAGUCUCUUUCGUCAUGAAGAAGUUCGGUCUUUUGCGCGCCAACGAGAAGUACAACGAGGUUGCUGGAGAGGGAUACGGAUACCUCAAGAACGCCUGGUGGUGGGGCGGAAUGACGCUCAUGAUUGUUGGAGAGAUCUGCAACGUCGUCGCCUACGCCUUUACGGAUGCCAUCAUCGUCACUUCGCUUGGAGCUUUGACAGUCGUAAUUGCUACCAUCUUGUCGGCUGUGUUCCUGAAAGAACGUCUGAGCUUGAUUGGAAAGGUGUCUUGUUUCCUGUGCAUUGUUGGAUCGAUUGUCAUUGUCAUGAAUGCGCCGCAUACGGGAUCUGUCAAGGACAUUCAGACCAUGCAGAGCUACGUUAUUCAUCCUCUGUUCCUGUCAUUCACAGGCGUGGUGAUCGUUGGCUCCACCAUCAUUGCUCUCUGGGCCGGUCCAAGAUGGGGCAACAAAAACAUGUUGGUAUACAUCUCAGUUUGCAGUUGGAUUGGAGGGUUGAGUGUUGUCUCCAUUCAGGGCCUGGGAGCUGCUGUUGUUGCAUGGGCUGGAGGCAAACCUCAAUACAAGGAGUGGUUUAUGUGGGUUCUGCUUGUCUUUGUGAUCAUCACCCUCCUUGUGGAGAUUGUCUAUCUCAACAAAGCUCUCAACAUCUACAAUGCUGCGAUGGUUACACCAACCUACUAUGUUUACUUCACGACCACGACCAUUGUCACCUCGGCGAUUCUUUUCAGGGGUUUCCAGGGCACACCGACCCAGAUCGUCACUUUCGUCCUUGGUUUUCUCACGAUUUGUUCUGGAGUUGUGCUGCUACAGCUUUCCAAGGCUGCCAAGGAUGUCCCUGAUGCAGCUAUUUUCAAUGGCGACCUUGAUCAAAUCCAGACGAUUGCUGAGCAGGAACAACCGGAAUCCGAACCCAAGGCUGACGCUAUCCGUGGCGCUGCAGCCAUUGUCCGACGCAUUUCCAGUGCUCGACUAAAGAUGGAAUCGCAAGAGCUGAAACGCCUCCACGAAGAAAAGAUGAUGGACCAGAUGCAGCCUAUCAACGAAAACGGACAGCCAAUGCAAGAAUUCGAAUGGGAUGGUUUGAGGCGCAGAAAGACUUUGAGAACAGGUACCGUCAGCUCUCGUAAUGCCCCUUCAUUCACUGUGUCGCCGCCUCCGUCAUCUGCUGGGUUCCCGGCGAGCCCUCACCCCCCGCUGGGUAUGUCACGUUUUCCAGAUCAUUACGACGAGCCAGAUCACCACGACGACAGUGAUAGAGGCAGCAUUUUCUCCUCAAUUGCAGGUACCAUCACGGGCCGCCACCGUGCGCGCACGCGCUCAACCCUCCCCACGUACGAGGAAGAAGUUCCAGCCACCAAGGAUCCGCAACUUACGAAACCCGUCCCGCUGGCCGAGAUAAACCCUGCACGACGAAAUUCAUAUAGUGAUGAUGAUGAUGAUGAUCAACGUUCCCCUCCUCGGAAGAUCCGCUUCAACCAGGAAACGUCCUAUGGUGGUGGCGGCCCCGGAUACGAUCGAGACGAAGGUGGCCCGAGCCUGCACCCUCCUUCGCCUCCCCCACAUACCAGCCAGCGCACCUUGUCUUUUAGGGGAGUCUUCCAUCGUUCUGACCAUAGUGAAGAGGAACGGCUUGGGUUAGUCAAAGGUGAUAGAAAUAGUAGGGCUCAAGCUGAUGAUAAUGAUGACGAUUCAGACCGCGACCGAAAUAAUGGUCGCGGAUAUGACUCUCCCGACGACGACGACAAGCGGCGCAGCCAAGGGAUGUUUCUCUAG